ACGUUGGGUGCAAGUAGCACGACUAUUCUAUGGUCACUCAAGUCAUCCUCCGUUUUAAAGUUUAUUUUUUUGGGCGGAACUUGCUUCCUUUUAAUACCUUUGGGAGAAAUUCCGAUAAAACGUUAUCUCUUUCCAUUUUACGACUAGAUCAGAACAAAGCUCCCUGUCGAAGAAUCCCCAAGAUUUUGUCCUAAGUGCAUGUCUAUGUAGGCUUGAUGAUGCUGUGAAACUUCUUGGAGAUAUUGGAAAGCUUGGUGGAAUGGGAGAAAUCGAACAUGUUGCUAGAAGAUGGGAGGACUUGGACACUGAUAUGUUGGUGAAGAUAUUCCAGUCUUUUGAUAUCUUUGAGUUAACUUCAGGCAUCGCUCAUGUCUGCAGUUCAUGGCGUAUGGCCUGUUGUGAUCCUUUGGUUUGGAAAACACUUGAUUUAUCAGUGAUGAAGUCAGAUUUUAUCAAAACUCCAUUGGAGCCUUAUGUAUAUGUGCGCGCUUGUUCUGACCAGGCAUUGAGCCGUUUGUUGAAGAUAUCUUUGAGUCUCAGCCAGGGAAACAUAAUGACCUUGAUUUUUCACUUUAAUCUAUAUGUGAGCGAUGAUCAAUUGACCUAUACUGCUGAAAGGUGCCCACGCCUCAGACGGCUUGUUAUGCCGGCUUGGAAUAGAAUAAAGAAAACUGGAAUAUGCAAAGCUAUUCGCAUCUGGCGAGAUCUUGAAUCCCUGACAAUGCCUACCAUAGCAAGCCCUCCAUAUCUCAUGGAAGAAAUUGCCAAUAAUUGCAAGAAUUUUAGAGAACUCAAGGUGAUGGGACCCUUUGAAAAUUUCUUUGCCGCUACAAUAAUAAAGUAUCUACCAAAGAUAAGGGUUUUGAGCCUCCGCUGCUCAAUGCUUGUGAAGGAUACCCUGAUCUCCAUCUUGGAUGACUUACAAAACCUAGAAGUGCUUAACAUAUCUCAUUGCCUUCUGAUAGAAAUACCACCUCCUCCUGCCCGAAGAAAAAUUAUGAGCGAGCUUGAUCAGCUUAUUCUUGAGAAGGCAUCUCGGAUACGUCAAUUCAUAACAUGCAUGAAAGAUUCAUGCAUCAUGUGUCAGCGGACAAGAAAUGAUGAAGGGCUCAUGAGGUGGUAUAAGUAUGAAGAAGGGCUAUGGAAAGCUGAUGAGGUGAGCUCACUUUCCCUUUGAUUUGAGCCUUUUGAGUUUGUAUUUUGGAGGGUGAGAUGUGCACAACUUGAUAAGCUCAUUCUCAGUAUUCUUAAUGGAUAGCUCUUGUGCACAUUAUUUAGAGCAUCCAAUGUCAUAAUCUUAUGUGGUUGAGUUAGAACCUUAGCUUAUGUACCAUUUUUCCCUCCUUUCUUUCUUUGGUUAAUGUAUUCCUUCUAUGCUGUAAACAAAAUAAGAGGUUGUUGAAUGAAGAUAGUUGAAAACUGUCCUUAUUGUUCAUUAUAUUUCCUCCAAACAUCCCACCUCCUGGUGGUUGGUUUUGAAGGUCUUAGGUCUCUCUGGUGAUCUGCUCUCCUUUGAGAGAGGCAUCUGUCUUAUUA